AUGGCGGCACCACUAGCAGCGUUGGUCCUACUGGGUGGUGCGUAUUACAUUUUUAGGUUGGCUCCGCGAAUAACGCAGCGUGUUUCAAUGGCACAAGGCCUAACGUGCGCGGCAAAUCGGCAGCUGCGACCGUACCGCCGAUAUGAGGGGGGUUUCGAGAAAUCCAUGACGAAACGUGAGGCACUACUGCUGCUUGGCUUUACUGAAGAUGUUGCCUCCGGUGGAUUCCUUUCCCUUCCAUCAGAUGAGGAAAUAAAAACACGGUAUUAUGGUUUAAUGAAGCAACUACACUCGGACGUGGAUGGCAGUCCGUAUAUUGCAGCGAAGUUGAAUGAAGCACGGGACAUACUGGGGAAGAAGUAA